AUGUCCCUCUUUGCAACAGUCAUGAACUUUGCCACUACUUCGUCCGCUACCGAGAGCACAUCUACUAGUACCUGGCUCGACUGUUUUUUCCCUGUUGCGCUCAACGAGGAAGAGACUAAGGAGGCCGAAGGCGACAAGGGCGGAGACGAGAAAGAAGAUCAGACUGAAGAGGAAGGUGAUGAAGAAGAGGAGGAGGAAGAGGAGGAAGAAGAAGAGGAGAUUGAAGACCCCUACCCGGCCAUUUACGAACAAUGCCAAAACUCGUCUGCAUGUGAAAGUGUCCGGCAUCACUUUGAAGAGUGCCAAGAGCGUGUUACUGGGGGCAAGGGCUUUGAAGGUGAAGACUGUGUCGAAGAAUUUCCACCUUGCUCACUGCGCUCUGGAAUGUGCUGCACCCAAGCUGUUCGCCAAGCUGGUAUAGAUUCCAAAGGCCUGUCAUGGGCUCUCAUGCAGAUGCUAUCCGUAGCGACACCUAUGGAAAUAUCCGAGCCGCAUUCUCAGGGUGUGUUGCAUGCCGUAUUGUUGUCGUGCCACACGGAUGAUGCGCGGCCAUCUACUAGCUUUGGCUAUGUUGGUAUGUGUGGGCCAUGA